AUGCCGACCGACAAGCAGAUCGCCAAGGCCACGAAGGAGGGCGGGAAGAAGGGGCAGGACCUGGCGGGCCUGGCGGACAUGGGCGGCGUCAAGUUCUUCUGCAUCGCCCUGGACGAGCCCGCGGGCGACAAGGAGCUGCUGUUCGCUGCGCUGGCCGGCGCCAACGCGGAGGUCGACCCGGAGGCCGGCGAGCUCAAGGGCGGCGCCAAGGAGCUCGGCAAGGUCCUGCUGUCGUACGGCGAGGACAAGCUGUCGAUGCUCUGCCACCUCCCGGCCUCGCUCGCGGACAAGCUCUCGGCGGACGAGUGGAUGAAGACCCUCAUGGACAAGGUCGGCGGCGAGAUCCUCGAGACCAAGGACGAGGAGGGCAAGAUCAUCUACGCUGAGGCCAAGGCUGACAAGGACAACGGCAAGUUCCCGAUCAAGAUGCGCGACGAGGCGUCGGCGGCGUCGUACGACCUCCUGAAGACCAAGGGCUUCGUGGGCGGCGACGACGACUCGGACUUCGACCUGAACCAGUGCGAGGACAUGCAGGACCUCGAGUGGUGA